AUGCAUUCGGGCUUCGAGGACUAUCUCGACAUUCCAGGAGGAGAUGACUUCGCCGAGGUAACGGACCUGUUUGUAGCCGGGGCUCAAGAUAUGGAACCAGAAGAGGUCCUCCUCAUGGAUGGUUUUACUCUUAUGGACGCAAUGAGUGCCUUCGAGAUUGGCGAACCCCGUCUAGACAGUGGAAUGAUUCUCGAAGAGCAGCGGAGACCUCCGUUCGAUCCACUCACUCCCCUGCUUCCGGAGGAGGUCUGCUGGAUCCUGGACCGCAGCUUCGCUUGCGAGAUGGAAUGGCAUGCGGGGAAGACGCUCUCGCAAAGCGUCUUCACCAUCCUCUUUGUGCACCACUUACCAGACAUCAACCCUGAGUACCUCCCGCCCGAAGAGGACGAAGACCCUGCGCGGCCGCGAUGGCUUAUCACCGUAGUCAUCCGCGCCGCUAUGCUUGGAUUGCUAAAAUGCUGCGACUUCGCCUGGAGGGAGCUUUCCAAAAACCGCGUGCAUGAUAUAGAAGACUGGCAAGGAGAGAAAUGCGACGUGUCAUUACUGGAAGGCGUCAACUCCGACCUCAUUAUGCACCUGUUGGACACCGCAUCCGACUGGGUCCAACAAUCUGACCUUUCGGAUGCGCAGAUUGACGCGUUAUGCGACCGAUUAUACCUACGCAAGACUUUGCUCGCGCUGUACAAACUGGACCUACUGAAAGGGGUGGACCAGCUAUGGUACCAUACCACGGUGGGCCGCGAGCUCAUCGAUCGGAUGCGAACACCAGACAAUCCUAUACCGCCAGACUCGUCUGUGCACCUCGCGAUGGAUGCAUAUAUUGCUCGUCGACUGCCAAAUUUCAUGCCUAUACGCAUUACGGAGAUACCACCUCUAGGACAGAUCUGGGACUCGCUUGAUGCUUUCCUAGAGUUCUGGGCGGAGAUAGGUCAUUUGGUAGCGUCACCCUCCUUGUCAUUGUGGAAGACUGCAGGACAACUUCGGUAUAGUUUGCACAAGAGGCCCGCAUGUGCGUUCCAUAGAUCGCUCUUACAGACCCUUUUCUUCGACAAAGAGCUCGUCUUUGGGACCUAUCGACCGAUGCGGCUUGUGGAGCAAUUCUUCUACGAGACGAUCGGAAUUCCUUACCCCGCUAUAACGCAAGCGUUCAAGCGGAGCGGCCCCGCGAACCCACCAGCGAGUAUGCAGGAUGUCGUCGAACGGCGAAUCAUAAGACUCAUGGUUCCACACAUACGUUCAUAUUGGUAUAACCCUCCACGACGACGGCGACAUCUGAUGAAAGAAGUUCUCCAGUGGCACAUGCUGUACGACGUGAUGCUGAAGGAUGUAGAGACGCACAAGCCUCCCGAUGCGGAAACGGCAGCGAUCCUUCGCGCAGUCCCGCUAACCGCACGCAUAUGGCGGUUAGAGCAAUGCCGGGAAGUCAUCCUAGCCGGGUUCCAGCAAGAGCUGUACGCACCCGAAGAGAGGCCGAUUGCGUACUGGUACCUCGCUCGCGUGCUCGACCAGCAUAUCGCAUGCAUAGAGGACGUUUUGCCUUCCGUUCCACGAGAUUCAGCCGCAUAUCUCGAGUUCUUGUUUCAAGCGGAUCAUCUGGCUGCCCUACAGAUGAUCUCGACGGCAUUGAUUGCACUUACCUCUAUGUACAUCACGUCGACGUGGAAGCGGAUAUCGAUAAAUUUCAAGAGAAGGUACAAGUGGGUGUUGAACCCCGAGUUCGAAACACUCAUCCCAGCGCAUCCUCUGCCGGACCUGUUGAGCUUCCCGUCCAUGCUCGAUGAGUUGUUGCAAGAAACACUGUACUCGCCCUCAAGAACUUUCGAGCUCGCAGAGAACAUCGCCCGCCGCUUGAGCGAAUCACCGCAGGAAGCUGUCAGUCAUUGGGAUCGUGAUCGACGACAGUACCUAAGAAAUCUUGCAGACGCAUGCGACCGGCUCAAACGAGGGACGCCGGACUCGUUCAUUGAGCUCCCUAAUCUAAAUAUCAAGACGUUGAAGUGGAUACCAGAUGUGCACCCGUGGUUCCCCACUGUCGCUUCUGCAUAA